CCCCAGACAGUAUAAAAACCCUGCCUUGGCCCCCUCCCCCAUUACAGCCUUCAUUCUCCGAAUCCUCAACGUCGGCCGAAGGAAAGAAAUCUGUCAAAAUGCGUGAGUGUAUUUCUAUGCACGUCGGCCAGGCCGGAGCCCAGAUGGGCAAUGCAUGCUGGGAAUUGUACUGCCUAGAGCAUGGGAUCCAGCCUGAUGGACAGAUGCCCAGUGAUAAGACUAUUGGUGGGGGAGAUGACUCCUUCAACACCUUCUUCAGUGAGACUGGGGCUGGCAAACAUGUUCCUCGUGCAGUCUUUGUGGACCUGGAGCCAACCGUCAUCGAUGAAGUACGCACAGGUACCUACCGCCAGCUGUUCCACCCUGAGCAGCUGAUCACAGGCAAGGAGGAUGCUGCCAACAACUAUGCCCGUGGUCACUACACCAUUGGCAAGGAGAUCAUCGACCUGGUACUCGAUAGGACGCGCAAACUGGCUGACCAGUGCACUGGUCUCCAGGGAUUCCUGAUCUUCCACAGCUUUGGAGGCGGCACCGGCUCUGGUUUCACCUCCCUGCUGAUGGAACGUCUCUCUGUAGACUAUGGGAAGAAGUCCAAGCUUGAAUUUGCUGUUUACCCAGCUCCCCAAGUUUCUACUGCUGUGGUGGAGCCUUACAACUCCAUCCUGACCACCCACACCACCCUGGAGCACUCCGACUGUGCCUUCAUGGUGGACAAUGAGGCCAUCUAUGACAUCUGCCGCAGGAACCUAGACAUUGAGCGCCCCACCUACACCAACCUCAACAGGCUGAUUGGUCAGAUCGUCUCCUCCAUCACCGCCUCCCUGCGUUUCGAUGGAGCCCUCAAUGUGGAUCUGACAGAGUUCCAGACCAACUUGGUGCCCUACCCCCGUAUCCACUUCCCUCUGGCCACCUAUGCUCCAGUCAUCUCCGCUGAGAAGGCCUAUCAUGAGCAGCUGUCUGUUGCUGACAUCACCAACGCCUGCUUUGAGCCAGCCAAUCAGAUGGUGAAAUGUGACCCACGUCACGGCAAGUACAUGGCCUGCUGUUUGCUGUACCGUGGUGAUGUUGUGCCCAAAGACGUCAACUCUGCCAUCGCCACAAUCAAGACCAAGCGCACCAUCCAGUUUGUGGACUGGUGUCCCACUGGCUUCAAGGUUGGUAUCAACUAUCAGCCACCCACAGUGGUCCCUGGAGGAGAUCUGGCCAAGGUCCAGAGAGCUGUGUGCAUGCUGAGCAACACCACUGCCAUCGCUGAGGCCUGGGCCAGGCUUGACCACAAGUUUGACCUGAUGUACGCCAAGAGGGCCUUUGUGCACUGGUAUGUGGGAGAGGGCAUGGGAGGAGAGUUCUCAGAGGCCAGAGAAGACAUGGCAGCCCUGGAGAAGGAUUAUGAAGAAGUGGGUACUGACAGUGUAGGGGACGAGGAGGAAGAAGGAGAGGAGUACUAAAGGAUGUAACUUCCGAUCUGCUGAUGUUCCAUUCAUAUAGUCUACCAGUCCCAGAUAGUGUAAGUAGUAAGAAAACAACAAGAAUGGUUAAAUGGACUAAUAUUGGAAAUCAUUCCAUAGAGUAAGCACAUUCCACCGCGCUACAAGAAGAACCUUCCUGCCUCACAUCAGCCAUUUUGAAUAAAAUAUGAAAAUAAAAUAA